AUGAAACUUGUAGUUUGGUUACGCGUCAGGCUGUAUACUCAACUUCUACACGCAGAGUCAGAUGUGCAUGUACAAGAUAUAGAGAAUAAUACAGACCUAUUAUUAUGUGCUGUCUACGUAUCGGGACGCGCUGAUGAUAAGGAUGUUCUUUGGAACGAACUUGCCGAACUAGAGGGACUUGGGUUGUUCAGCACUUUAUUAUGGGAUACCUUGCAAGGUCGUGUGGCAGCUAUUGACGUGUGCGGUCUUCAGAACAAAAACCGCUGGGCACUGCAGAUGCUUUACGGGCUCAAAACAGUGACUGAGGCUGCAACCACCAAGGGUGGAG